CUUAUUCGAAAAAGAUGUGAAAUUUUUUCGAUCGUCUGUACUCAAAAGUUAAUUUGUUAAAAAAGUGCCGAGUUGACCUUUUCAAAUCUUGUGCGUGGACAAAAACUCUGGGAUUGUGUUUGACGAAGCAUGCACUUUUGAAAGGAACUGUUUUUCCCUUUGUUGUCAUGACAACCCAAAAGGGCUCAGCGCACUUAACGCCACCCCACGGAUCUUGAUUCCGCGUUGACCUACAUGCCGCGCCAAGGUUUCGCUCGCUGAAGGCUCGCCGGAUCCAAUCGACGAUGGAACACGAGGAGGAGAGCAGGAGGCCCGGUGGCCGCGGCUCGGGUUGGGGUCACAUCGCCCUGCUGGAUAAGACCAAGGAGUUCUUCCAGACGUGCGACAUGGAGGGCCGGGGCUUCAUCACGCGCACCGACAUGAGGAGGCUCCACAGGGAGCUGCCGCUGUCGGCCGAAGAGCUGGAGGACGUCUUUGACUCUCUGGAUACGGAGCGCGCCGGUUAUCUCACGCUGGAGGCCUUCUCUUCGGGAUUCAGUCAGUUCCUCCACGGCCGGAGAAUCUCCGAGCCAGUCCUCACGCGCGAUCCGGGUUUCCGGGCCAAAGAGACCUUCUACCAGAGCCAAUGGGAAGCCAAGCUGUCCGGCGGCGAGGACGAGGAAGAGGGACACUUCUCUAUGCUGCUGGACAGCUUGGGAGCCAGUAAUGUUUUUGAAGACCCGGACGAGGUGCGCAGCCUGUGGGCGCAGCUAAGGCGGGACGAGCCACACCUGCUAUCUAACUUUGAGGAGUUCCUGGCCAGGGUCACCCAUCAGAUCAAGGAGGCCCGCCGGGAGAAGAAGGACAUGGAGAGCGCCCUCCAGAGGAAGGCGGCGACGCACCACGACGAGAUCCGCCACCUGUACGAGGAGAUGGAAGCGCAGAUCAAGACGGAGAAGGACAGGCUGCUGCUGAAGGACUCGGAGCGGCUUCAGUCGAGAAGCCAGGACCUGGAGGACCAGCUGUCCUCCAAGGAGAAGGAGCUGGAGUUGCUCUUCCAGAAACAGAAGAGGUUGGAGCUGGAGUGCCGCGAGCUGAGCAGCGAGAAGCAGGAGAGCCACGUGGAGAACGUCAAGCUGAAAGUGACCAACGAUGAGCUGGCGCGGGCGCUGGAGAGCACCAGCCAGGAGCUGCUGGUGGCCCAGGACCAGCUGGCCAUGCUGCAGGAGCAGGCGGCGCGCCUCCACCGCGAGAAGGAGAUGGAAAUGUACAGAGUGACGGAAGGACUGCAAAGAGAGAAGCAAAGCCUUAUGAAGCAGCUGGACCUCCUCAGGGAGAUGAACAAACAUCUAAAGGACGAGCGGGACAUCUGCUCUGGUGUGCCAAGAACAUCCCUGAGGAAGAAGCAGAAGCAGCGAGUCGCCCUGGCCAACAUGUUUGACGACAGCAGCCAUCUUGUCAAAAGAUCUCCUCCGGUGCUGGAUGGCUCCUACCAGUCUCUGGAGGCCUUGCCUCUCGAGCACCUUCAAAUCGUGUUUGUUGCUUCCUCCUCCUCUAGUGAGGACGACGCGGCCGCCGCCGCCGCCUUCAAUUCGCUGAAGAAGAGCGCCGGAUUGAGCAACGGCUACGCCGGCCCCGCCCCUCCCAAAACUCACAACGCGAGGGCCAAGGGCAAGAAGGCCAUCGCCAGGUCUGCCAGUUUUCGGAGGACCGCCAGAGAACGGGCCAAGAGGGCGGAGACCAAGCCCGAAGUCGUGGACGAGGAGCUGGACUCCCCCCCGGGCGGUUGGCCCCUCCGCCGGGUCAUCUCCAUCGAAGAGGACCACCUGCCUCACCUUCUCCAGGGGGGUCCGCAGUUGCUCCUUCACCAGCUCAGCGAGGAGGAAGACGGCGAGGUGGCGUCGAGCGAUUUGGAACGUAGCGCGCUCACCGAGAAAGGCGGGUGUUUUUUUCGGGCGAAGAAGAAGACCCCCAUGUCGCCGCGGGGUCAGCCGGUCGGGAAGGAGACCCAACAAGUGGCGGAAGUGCCCCUGUUAGGCCCCAGUCGUCUUUUUAAGGUGGUCCUGGUGGGCAACUCCAGCGUGGGCAAGACGUCGCUUCUUCGCUCCUUCUGUGAGGGGCGUUUCCACCCAUCCACCACGGCUACUGUGGGGAUCGACUUCAGCGUGAAGACAUUAACCUUGAACAAUACGCAGAUCGCGAUGCAGCUUUGGGACACGGCGGGACAGGAAAGGUACCGCAGCAUCACCAAGCAGUUCUUCCGCAAAGCCGACGGCGUGGUGGUGAUGUAUGACGUCACGCUGGGGGAGAGCUUCAAGGCCGUGCGACCCUGGCUCGUCAACGUCAAGGAAGCUGCAGGAGAAGGCGUCCAAAUCCUUGUCCUGGGCAACAAAAUGGACAUGGACGGAGACAGGCAGGUGCCCUUUAAAGAAGCCGAACAACUGGCCCAGGAAAGCAAGGUGAUGUUCUACGAGGUCAGCGCCUACACGGGAAAGAACGUGACCGAAUCCCUGACCCACCUGGCCCGGGUGUUGAUGGAGCAGGAGGACCGGGUGAGAGACACCACCGUCAACCUCAGCGCUCAGCCCUUGAAGAAAAAGGCCUGCUGCAAGUGAACAUGCCUUGGUGGAGGUCCUCUUUUGUAUUUAACCUUCGGCGAGGACGCUCACAAUAUGAUCCGUGUUAUCGCCAUGACUCGAUAUUGUUAGAACGUCGUCCGCUCUGGGGGGGAAAAAAAUCACGCUUGUCGCAUUUUCUUGAUCUGACAUUAUUUGUAAUGCAAUCACAUAUUCCGGAUGAAUAAAAUAUUUGCAAUUGCGUUUCAAA